GUUCACACACAGAGGUGCAACAACAAGGAAGUGCUCCAACCCGCAGACUACAGCAAGGAUGGCGCUGCGGACAGCUGGAGGUCGUUUCUUUUACUUUCAGAGGAACGUUUUAAAGCAGGUCUCCAUCCAAACACUUGGCUUUGUCAGGUUCAAAACAAGUUGUCCUGUUGAAGUGAGCCGUCUGGAUCAUUUGGUUCUGACUGUGAAAAGUGUGCCAGACACCAUCAACUUUUAUACCUCAGUCCUGGGCAUGGAAGUCAUCACUUUCAAGGGAGAUCGUAAGGCCCUGGGUUUUGGGCAGCAGAAGUUUAACCUUCACCAGUUGGGUCAGGAGUUUGAGCCCAAAGCCAAGCAUCCAACGUCAGGCUCUGCGGACCUGUGCCUCAUCACCAAAACCCCCCUCGCUACAGUGGCUUCACAUCUGAAGGUCUGUGGGGUGGAGAUAGAGGAGGGACCGGUGGAGAGGAGUGGAGCUGUGGGGUCCAUCACGUCUCUGUACUUCAGAGAUCCAGACCACAACCUCAUCGAAGUUUCAAACUAUAACCAGUCGACUCCAGAGGGAUCCACUAAGUACAACUAGAAAAUGCAUUUCCUGCUGAAAAUGCGUGCGAAUGCUGUAAACUGUGUACAUGUGUUGCUGAAUUUAGCUGAA